CUCCCCUGCCGUGCCGGUGACGGGCGUUUCCGGUCGGAGCGGUGGAGGAGCAGGCGCUGCCCGCGGUGGGACGGCGGCGCCAUGGACGUGGCGCAGCCCAAGCAGGAGCACCUGCUGGCCCUGAAAGGUCCUGUUUUCCACUGAUCUUUGCAGCACGGGGGAAGGAAAUUCUUGUAAAUAAGAUGUUUCAGUCUAAAUUUAUGAAUCCUAAUCAAGAGACUUUUCCUUUUAUUAAGAGUAAGUGGUACAAGCAUGGAAGUGGUCUUGCAUUAUCGACCACAUCAGAAAGAUCUAAUAGAACUGCAGAAAAUUGCACAAGCGGCAGUGAAGGACUUUCCUAUUCGUCAGUUACCAAGAUUUACACCCUGGUUUCCAAGUGAUUUGUGCAGACUUCCCCUCAAACCAAAAAAGCAACCACCUGUUAUUUCUUCUGAGGAAGCAGAAGAAUUAAAACAACUUUCUUCACCUUCAGAAUACAUUGUAGGAUCUCCUAGUUAUGACUGCACAAAAAAUCUUCCUGAGUUUCAGUCUAAUGUGAAUCACGGGCAGACUUUAGUCCAAACACAAAAUGUUCACAGACCAGUUAACUUGGAAAAUCAAGGAGAACCACCAUCUAAUGGAGAACACAAAUUGAAAAGGUCUUGGAGUGUCUCUGUCCAUAGCCCUAAGCUUAAAGAAAAGAUUCUUCCUUUAUCUCGAGAACUGCAGAACAGUUUGGAAAGACUAAAACUGCAUGCAUUUUAUAGAGCAAAGUGGACAAUCGGACAGUCUACUUGUAGUAAUCAGAACUUGGAAGACGUCUGGAUAAAAUUGAACAGACUCAUCAAACAUAAUGAAUUGCCGUCUUGCAAUGCUACUAUACAAAGAUCUGUGGGAGAGAUAUGGAUUUUCUGUGAUAUAUUAUACUGUGAAUAUGUAAGAAAUAUUCUUAGGGAGAAGCUGAGUCUUACUAAUAAAAUGAAUUUACUUGUACAUAAAUUUGGAAUUAUAUUUAGUUUAUAAAUGUACAAUAGUUUCAUAAUAAUAUUGCUGUGUGAAGCACUAGAGUUUUUAAGCUUAUAAUAUAUAAACUUUAGAACAACUGAUGAAUUAACAAGCUAUUAUUAACUAUUAAAUAUUUAAUAUUAAUUUGCUACAAGUUUUAAGCUGUAAUAAUAUAUUUGUUUUGCCAGGAAACUUAUGAAAGGUUCUAAUAAGAUUAGUACAUUUAUUUGGUUUAGUAUUCUGUUUUGUAGCUUUUGUCUGCUUCAGUUGUCUAAAGGAAAAAAUUAAGUUUCCACACUUAAUUUUUCCAGAAAAGUAAAUAAUUCCCUUGGAAUGUUACUUGUGCUUUUCUUGGCAUGACAAUCAUAUGUUAGAAUAAUAAUUUAUUGUAGGCAUUUUUGUAAUUUAAAUCUAAGGAUAUCUCUCAGUUUGGGUCAUCGACGUGUAUUAUUAAACUUUGACUGAAUGCUAAA